AUGGACACGGCGGAAGUGUCCGCCGGGCUCAGCACGGGAGCCCAGGCUGGCAUCGGCAUCGGGGUCGGCGUCGUGGUCAUCGCGCUCGCGACGACUGCGUAUGUUCGCCGGCGGAGGGCGAAGAGCAGGCGGAACAACACUGUCGUUCGGAGGGAUGAGGAGGAGGAGGGGGAUGAGUAUGCGGAGAUGGGGACUUUGAAGGGCGAGAGGCCGGUUAUUUGCGAGGGCGGGACGUGCAGCAAAGUGAGAAUGGUUGCGGCUCGACACCAUGCUUUCGAUGGGGGUGGGAUGGAGUUUCUGGUUCUACAGAGGUUUAAUCGCCUUGGGGCGCUUUCUCACGAAUCUUACUGGGUCUUUGGGCUUGUUGCCACUUUGUAG